AUGAGUGACAUGAGCAACAAUCGCCUGAGCGGGAGUGUGCAACAGGCCUUGACCGGCCUCACUCAACUCACAGUCCUGAGCCUGCGCAAAAACCAGCUGAGCGGCUGUCUGCUGCAGCCCAUCCCACCAUCCAUCAAGCAGUACCAGCUAGACAGCAACUUCUUCUCCUGCGGCUUCUCCACUCAGCCCGACUGCACCCAGACCUUCAUAGCCGUGCAAGCCAACUGCCUGGGCGCCACCGACGUGCCGCCCUGCCCCAUGGAUCCCCAGCGCGUGAAGGAGGUCUGUGCAUCCUUCUGCGGCCUCUCACCCACCUCGCCUGCCUGUGCCGGGCACGGCACCUGCUUCUAUUCUGGCCCCAGCAGGAUCCCCACAUGUGCCUGCGAUGCCGGGUAUGCAAACGGGGAGCUCCCAGGGACGUGUGUGGCCGUUCCUGCUGCUGGUGGUGGGGCUCCAGCGGACUUCUCCUUGCUGACCUCGAUAAGUGUUUCUUGCAACGAUGGUGGCGGUGCAGCGAUGGCGGUGAAGGGAGCACCAGCGGUGCAGCCGGAUAACAGCGUGGUGCUGACGAGCAACGAGCAGGCGGCGUGGGGAGCGGCGUUCCUGGUGUCGCGUGUGCGCCUCUUCUCCUACGCCGUCAAGAACCACUCGUGCGGCCGUGAGGUCGCCCUCAAGCUCUCCUUCUCCUUCUCCAUCGCCCCGGCCACCGGCAGCAACGGCGUCGGGAAGGGCGGCUUUUCAUUUGUGAUUGCAGCGAGGAACGAAGUCCCCGGUGGGGACGGCAGCACUUUGGGCUACGCCGGCAUGAACGAGCGCAGUGUGGCAGUGGAGUUUGACACGUUCAAAGAUGCGAGCAGCAGCGACCCGGACAGCAGCCACGUGGGCAUCAACGUGGGAGGUUCUGUGAUAUCUGUUACCACCGCUGCCGUGCCAGGGCUCAACACAGGGAGCACCAAGUACGCGUGGAUCGACUACUCCCCAGGGAAAAAUGGGCUGCUGUCGGUGUAUGUGGGCAGUGCUGCCACUCGCCCAGCCAAGCCGGUUCUCAAGCGCAGCGUGUCGUUGUGUGGAGUGCUGAAGCCCACGUUUGAGGAGGCCACGUUUGUGGUUGGCUUCACUGCCGCCUCGUCUGACCCCCCCCAGCAGCACACAGUGCUGCAGUGGUCGCUGGAUACAGAUUUUCCAACCCAGGGCGUUUCAGCAGCCCACCCGCUGGGCUUCACGCUAGCAGAGGCCUCGUUCACCACCACGGGAGUCAACUGCUACUUCCGCUACUCCAGUGCCGGCGCGCGGUUACCAACCCCACCAACAGCACCAGCAGGGGCAGGUGCGGACGAGGAGCAGCAGUGGAUAGUGGCGACCAACAUGACAUGGGUUCGCCCAGACCUGCUGCCGAGCUGGCCAGUGCGCAACCAGGCGGGGUGUGGGGACUGCUGGGCGCAAGCUGUGGUGGCCAGCAUAGAAGCCGCCUACGCCAUCCUCGCAGCCAACGGCUCACUGCCUGUCUUCUCUGUCGCCUCUCUCGUUGCCGACAUGAAGGCUGACUGCUCCGGAGGAUCACCCUCCAAGGCCUUCCAGUACCUGCUUGCUGUUGCCAAGCGCGGCGGGGGGCUGCAGGCGGAACGGGUGCGAGCAGGGGGGGUUGUGGCGAGGUCUGGAGGGACGGGUGCGAUGGGUGUGGCUGUGGCAGAGAGAAGCAGUGCGGUGGGGAGGCAGGGGAAACAGGGGUCACCGGCGGGGGCAGCAGCAGGUCAGAGUCAGAGUCCGCUGUGCUCGCCGCUGCUGAAGCCGAUAGCGGCUCUUCUGGGAGUGAAGUGCACAGCCAAGGAGAAAGCCGAGGCUGGCACGGUGCGCCCGGGCUACAGCAUAACGGGCUUUGAGCGGGCGGCCUUCUACAGCUGGUUCGGCCUGGUGCUGGCGGUGCAGCGGCAGCCCGUGGUGGUGCACAUAGAGGCGUCUGCUGACUCCUUCCUCAACUACGAUGGGCUGCACAAGUACCAGGACCCAGCGUGCUUCACGUACAACCUGAACCACGUGGUGCUGCUGGUGGGGUACCGCCUGGUGGGGGCAGAUGAAGCCUUCCCCCACAUGGCGCCGCCCUUCUGGAUCAUCCGCAACUCAUGGGGGCCUGACUGGGGCGAUGGGGGCCAUAUGCGCAUGGACAUCCAGGGGGGGGAUGGCGUGUGCGGCAUCAACACUCUGCCGGGCGUUUACCCUAUCAUUAUUGACAAGCAGGCUCCGUGCAACAGCGGGGCACACCGGGAUCCAAUCGGUGCGGUGUUGAACCCGUGUGGCAACUUCACGUGCACGGUCACAGCUGAAGGCAGGUCCAACCGCUGUGACUGCAACACCGCAUCUGACGGUCGCUUCAUUGAGGCCACCAACACUGAUGGCUCCCGCACCUGUGCCUACGGUAUGCAUGCCUCCUGCUCUGCUCUGCACCUGUCGCACAUCCGCAACCCGUGUGCGGUGGGCACGUGUGUGAAUGACGGGGCGGGGUCGUACUCGUGUGUGUGUCCACCAGGCUUCAGGCAGGGCACCACCGUCGAUGGCACCUUCUCCUGUGCGCCAGGCUUCAGGCGUGCCGGGCUGCUGCUUCUUUCGUUCCGCACCCUGUUUCCUCCCUCUCAUCUUGUUUCCUCCAAUCGCCCCACUCUCACCCCAUCACCUCACUCCCACCCCUCCAUCGCGGGAGACACCUGUGAGGCCCUGGCGACCUACUUCGCUCUGGCCAGCACCUGCCCGUCCCCCGAGUGCACGGCAGCCUUGCAGGCGCUCAACCCGGGGGUGGACUGCAGCGCCAACAGCGGGCAGCUGCUGGCGAGCCAGGCGGUGUGUGUGGAGCGGCAGGCGGAGAUGGCGGGGGUGGUGGCGCUGUGCUCGCAGUAUUACUUCGUGGAGAGCGCCGAGACGUGCGAGUCCAUCCGCAACGUGCCUGACCUGCCUCUCUCCCGCGUCGACUUCUACCGCCUCAACCCCGGCAUAAAAUGCAGCCGGCUUGUGCCCAAGAUUGACGUUGGCACCUUCACCGGCUUCGAGGUGUGUCAAUCCAAGUCAAGUAUUUUCGAGGCGUGA